GACCGCUCCUUUCCCCGAUCGCUCGCCGCCCUCUCCUCCUCUGCCUCAUCCCUCAAAGUCGCUCGUUCUCUUCCCUCGCGCCACGCCCUUUCUCGCUCUGUCCCUCUCUUCUCUUUCUUCGCCGCAUCUUGCUCCAGCGCGACUGUGUCGUCCCUCGUUUACCGACACUCACGUCUACUGCUCUUACGCGAUCCCUCUCUCGCGUCCACGUUCCUUUAUUCACCACCACUUCGUCGCCCUUUCCCCUUCGUUUCGCAUCCCCUUCGACCUUCUGCAACCGGGUUGUUGUCUAUUCUUUCUUGCUCCUUCUUCUUGCUCAACACGCCAGUCGCGCUCCAAGUCGUGAACAGCAGAAGAAACGCCGGUCGUUCAUCCUUCUUCACCGUGCAGGCAUAAGACCAUUCACCCGACACCCGUUACUACAUCCGCUACGGCUGCUGUCAAGCGUGCCUCUCGCCGCUCCUUCGAAGCGCCCGAACUCCUCGCAAGACCGACAAACCCGACACCAUCUACCCCAUCUUUGCUGAUCACCGUACAUUUACUCGCCAAUAGCCAUGGAUCUUGCAGACGUGCUCCAGAUCGUCAAACGCGAUUUGUUCGACGAUAUCAGCAGCUUCUUCAACAACGCCAAGAAGACGGACAAGUCCGCUACUAGUGAUGAUGUCGUCGUUGCGGUCACCACCAUGACCGAGCCGCAGACCUUUACUGGUUCUGCGGUCUUGGUCACUCAGACUCCAGGUAAUCUCAUCGCUGGAGGCGCCGUCUUCGCUUCUCGCACCGAUAGUCCCGGUGCUGCUGCCACCUCCGCCGCGACCACCUCGUAUCCGACCGACUCUACGUCUGCAACUGUGACCCCAAGCAACACCGCCGUCACGUCAUUCACGACACCAAUCUACUCAACUCCAACGGCUGUGGAUGCUGCAAGCUUGACCUCGUCCCUCAGCAACGCGCAAGCUUCCGCCCAUGCCACCUCUUCCCAGAAUGGCGGUCUUUCUGGCGGAGCAAAGGCCGGAAUUGCCUUUGGAGUCUUGAUCCCCGUGGCCGCGAUCCUGAUCGGCGUGCUCAUGAUGAUCCGCAGGAGGAAGCGACAGGAAGAAUCCAUGCAGAGACUGGACGAUGAAAAGGCCGGCAUGGCGAAGCCUGACGCACUCCCUCAGUUCCCCACCCCUCUCACUCAUGCGCCAGCUCCAGCUUCUGGUCCUGCUCCAAUGGCCGCCGUCCCCAAUGUUGCUGUGCGUUCUACGGAUACCCUCUCGGCCCCCCGCUUAAGCAUACGUCCGCAGACUCAAUUCGAUCCUCGCAUGAGCAAGCUCGCUGGUCCAAAUGGUGCCAUGGCUGCCGAUGCUCCUGGUGCCGGUGCAGCCGCGGCUGCUACUGCAAGUGCUUGGGAGCGUCCUGGUGCCGAAAAGAAUGCCAAUGAUCCCGCCAACCCAUUCGGUAACCACGCUGAAACCGUCAACAAUGGAAACAACGACAACAACAAAAACGAGCCCGUUGCUGCCGCUGCUGUUCCAAAACGCGCUUCCUCGCCUGUCAAUAUCGAUGCGGCCGCCUUCCCAUUGCCUGGCUCUGCAGCGCCGUCUGAGAUAGCCAGCGGUGAUCAUGUUGAUGCGUCCGAAACUGCUUCGCUCGCGCCUUCAAACCCGGCUACUGCUUCUAACUUGAGCUUGAUCGCACCAAGCACUCCGACAAGUGCCGUUGCUGCGGCCGCGGCCGCGGCCGGAGCAGCUGCUGGCGCUGCCAUGGCAAACAAGCGUAACAGCCCACCUCCUGCUGACAAUGUCUACCGUGUCCAACUCGACUUCAAGCCUUCUAUGGAUGAUGAGCUCGAGAUUCGUGCUGGCCAACUCGUCCGUCUCCUGCACUCCUACGACGACGGCUGGGCGCUGUGCAUACGCAUGGACCGGUCUCAGCAAGGUGUUGUCCCGCGUACCUGCCUUUCAAAGAACACCGUCAAGCCCCGUCAAGGCCCUCCGCCCCAAGGUUACCCGGGAGGACCAGGUCCCCGCGGUCCCAAUAGCCCGAUGCGUGGUCCUGGAGGUUCCGGCCCUGUGCCCUACGGCCAGGCACCUCGUCCAAUGACCCCGCAAGGCCGUAAUUCCCCAGCCCCAUAUGGUCAGCCAGGCCGUCCUAUGACUCCCCAGGGCCGUCCAAUGACGCCAACCGGUCGCAACUCACCCGCGCCAGGCCGUCCUCGCGCCCAAAGCAACGCAGGUCCAGCACAGUACACUGCAUAUGCGCCUCAGGGCCGCUCGAUGUCUCCAGGCCCCUACUUGCAAGGACCACCCGCCCGCCCGGACGAGGCUAGCAGAAAACGCUCCAAUUCCACGAGCAACAUGGGUAAUGUACAGCCGCCCAAACCGCUCUCGCUGACUGCCGGCGUCCCAGCAAGCAGCGUGUCGAGGAAACCAGUUCCUGGCCAGGCCGUAUAGUCUAAGGUCAAAACAGAUAGGCGUCAACCUUUCUCUUUUCUGACGACUAUUUGGUUGCAAGAGUAUCUUCGGAGAUUCCGGCUUUUACGAAUGCGUCAAGAUAGCUCGUGAAGUUCUUACGGCGUUGGGUAAACCGAGAUUUCGCUUUCUCUUUACUUAUUUUUUUUUCCCUUUAUUUCUUCUGGAUUUGGAGACUACCUUGACCAAUGACGGGGCGAUUGGACUUGGCAUUCGGCAACGACGACGAUGUCUUUUCGCUCAGUGAGAAUAUGACAAGAGACGAGCUGCAAGUUCGUGUGGUCAGCCGUCCAUCACUUGUGUGUACCGCGCACCCCACCUUCUUUCACGAUUUGAAGACUUUAUACCCUCGAUUUUUACUACCGAUAAACUAUACGCUCCCUUUCAAGGACUGAUCCGCCACCUAUACCACCAGUAUAUGGUGUUUGUGAGCGGACGAUGCACCCUCUGUAAUUGUAGUGCGAAUUAUACAGCAGCAGCUGCUGCUGCUGUCGCUAGGAAAGAGAGCACGGAAGAGAGGAUGCCAUUGGAGAGAAACAAGGGGGACGCUCUUCUGGGCGGGGUAUCUUCUGCGCAUGUGGGUUGAUCUGGUUGUGUAAAUAGGAAUGCAAUAUAUGAUCUCAGAAGAGA